UCAGUUUGUGGGAGCAACGCGAUAUCAACACACCUCUAAGUUUUCGUAAAGAAAUUUUUGUGUAACUAUAUAUAUGCCUAAAAACGUACGUGAGCAUUCUUAGCACACAACUUGCGCUGAAUUUAAUCAUAGAAAGAUGAUCUACCAACGAGUUGCUUCUUCUUAAGUCGAGCAUCGUGGCGAAUGAUUUUUUCAACUUUUUGGAUAAGUGUUGGUGUGGUUACCUAGAUGCUCCUGCCUGCCAUCGUAUCGUUUUCAAGGGAUUCCCUUCCUAAUGAGCCUAAUCACUCCCCUACAAUGCUCACAUAAAAACGCUUCUUGUGCUGUAUGGCUGUUCGUACACAGAUCAUUCAGAUAGCUGUCACAACCGAAACCAUCUACCGUAAAUGCAAACAAUUAAGGCGAAAUUUUCCAGUAACAACGACUAAAUAUUAAAAAUUCACAAAAUACACAGAAUUAUUUAAAGCGAAGGACAUAAAAAUGCCACGCAAUGGCUGUGAGGCCAAUGGAGGCGGUGUAAGUGAUGGUUGCGCUUAUUCCGACGAGCUGAUCAUGGAGCAGGGUGUUUCGUUCAAUGUGCGGUACACCGGCUGUGUGGAGGUGAAAACUUCAAUGAAAUUGCUGAACUUUGAAACGAGAACCAAAGUCGCCCGUGAAUGCAUCAAUCGCGUCUGUGAAGCUGCUGGUCUCAAAUCGGUCGGCAAACGGCGUGUGGACAAGAAGAUCCUACAAUACAUAUCCGAUCGGCCGCACAUGCAGAAUGCGGGCACAAAUGUUAUCAUCAAUGUGUCGAGUCGAGCAUUGGAUUUGGUGAACGCCGAGACGGGACAAUGCAUAGCCAGUCACAAUAUGCCGCACAUUUCAUUUGCAUCCGGCGGUGAUUCGGACACUUUGGACUUUCUGGCUUACAUCGCUAAGAAUGAGGACGAGUGGCGUGCCUGUUACGUGCUCGAGUGCAUUGGCGGACAGAGUGAAGACUUAAUAUUGACAAUCGGUAAAGCGUUUAUGUUGCGCUUUAAUGCAAUUAAACAUUUGAAAAAUCAAACCGUUUCGAAUCUCAACACACCUGCGGAGAACAGCAAAGACUACUACAAUGAUUUGCCUGACAAAUUACCGCCAGAUCUGUUGAGCGAGAAUGAUCUACCGCCAGAGUUACAGAAGCAAUUAUUGUUGCAACAACAACAACAACAACAACUGCAACAACAGCAACAGCAAGCGACACAAACGUCAUUACCCCACCAACACAAAGUCGGUCAACUGAAUUUGAAGAAACCGCGCGAUCGUCUUAGCAGCAAUUUGAUCGACUUAAAUAGUCCGCCACCCGAUCAGACCACCACCAAAAUGAAUCUGAACAAUUUCGAUGCAAUGACUGAAGCGGAAGGCGCUUGUGCAUUGCCACAGGCGCCAGUGCGCGAUGUUUUCGAUUUGCAACCCUUCUCGCUCUCCGCCGAAGUGCAGCGCUCACAGUUGAACACCGAACUGUGGUUCCACCCGGGCAUUAGCCGACAAAUCGCUGAAGGUAUUCUUAAGAAUGAUGGUGAUUUUCUGGUACGCGAAUCUCAGGGUAAAUAUGGUCAAUAUGUACUGACCGGCUUGCAGGUGAAAACACCUAAACACUUGCUGCUCAUCGAUCCAGAAGGUGCGGUGCGUACAAAGGAUCGCAUUUUUGAGAGUAUAAGUCAUUUGGUCAACUAUCAUUGGGCUAAUGCAUUGCCGAUUAUAUCGGAAGAUUCGGAGUUGGUGUUGCGUAACCCUGUGUUGUGUCAGUUGCCAGCUUCGCAACAGCAGCAGCAGCAACAACAACAACAACAGCAGCAGCAUCAGCACCUACAUGCUCAUCACCAUCAUCAUCAGCAACAACAACUACAUUAA